CUCGGGGCUCCUUGGUAGUCCCGCCUACAGCGCGUAAAGGAUCCUGACGCGCUUUUACGCACUGCAUUCAGUUGGAUCAGUUUGUGGCGCAAGAGGAUGCUGGGCAUAUACUUCAGUUGGCUCUUCAUAUUGGCUUAUCCUGUCCGAAAGGAUGACCACAGACGGCUGUGAUUCUAUGGAGGGCUCUCCAACCAUUAUUGAAGCGAUGCUGGGUUCCAACUUCUCCAAGUCAUUGCACGAAAGCAAUGCCACCAAAAAUUCCAGCUGUGGCUCUGUAUCCGUUGGUUUCCCUAUAACUAUGAUGGUCACUGGCAUGGUGGGCAACACAUUAGCUCUCAUUCUGGUUUAUAUCUCUUACAGGAAAAAGGAGAAUAAAAGGAAAAAGUCUUUCUUGCUUUGCAUUGGAUCGUUGGCAUUAACUGACCUGUUUGGACAGCUUUUAACGAGUCCAAUAGUUAUUUCAGUUUACCGAGCCGAUCUGAAAUGGGGGCGCAUCGACCCUUCUGGACAUUUGUGCGCUUUUUUCGGUGUGUGUAUGACAACUUUCGGACUGUGCGCUCUCUUCUUGGCCAGCGCCAUGGCAAUUGAAAGGGCUAUGGCGAUAACGAACCCUCAUUGGUACUCCAAUAACAUGAAGACAAGUGUCACAAAGCAGACUCUGGCUGUCAUUUGGUGUCUUGUGCUUCUCUUUGCGCUGCUGCCCAUCGCAGGGGUCGGGAAAUACACGCGCCAGUGGCCAGGCACCUGGUGCUUCAUCAGCACAGGGGACCGAGAAGUACCGGGCAACAUGUUUUUCGCCAUCACUUUCGCUGUACUUGGGAUUUUCUCUCUCCUCGUGACACUUUCUUGUAAUGUGGUGACGAUCCGUGGCUUAAUUAUCCGGUGUAAAACUAAGUCUGGGACGUCUCAGUCUUCAAAACAGUGGGAACGGCUCACCACGGAGACAGUCAUUCAGCUGUUGGGGAUUAUGUGCGUCCUGCUCAUAUGCUGGUCUCCACUGCUGGUUCUUAUGCUGAGGAUGAUCUCCACCCAGGUAUCCUCCCACGAGUGCAAUUCAACAGCAGUGACCUCCAAUAACACCUCCGGCCGCGACAUCCACUUGGACUGCAACUUUUUCCUGACAGCCAUCCGCCUGGCUUCCCUUAACCAGAUCCUGGACCCGUGGGUGUAUCUGCUACUCAGAGAGAUCCUCCUACGCAAGUUCUGCCUGGUGGCUAGUGCCGUGUCUAACUGCUCCGUGGAGGAGCAUAAGGAAACCCCGACAGCUUUGGACGCUCUAAACAAGUCAAACCAAGACGGAAAACCACAAAGUAGCUAAGGCAACGUUAGACAGGAAGUACUUCAUUGUGGCCGAGUCCUGGCCAUAUUGGAUAUAUAUGUGAAAUGAAAAACAUCGGAUUGGAUGUGUUGCGUGAAAAAAAUAGAAGUUUGUUUUUUCCCUCACUUCAUCCUCCAAAAGACGUUGUGCAAUUGGAGAAUAGAGCAUGGACUGUUACAUUGUUAAAGCAAAGCAGCAGAGUGUGCUCUGGGUGCUUUUGUUUUGCUUAAAACAUAUUCCAUGUGGAUGCAUGACCGUGUCAUUCAGCCGCAGCCUGGCUGCCAGAAACUCUCUCAUUACUAGUUUCACCUUUAAUCAUAUCACCAACACGCAAGAACUGAAUAAGGGACACUCUCAGCUUACUAAUUUUGGAAGUGGGGCAUCUGUUGCUCUCUGAAUUUGGAUUUUAAACUACUGGAAGCCAUAACACACCUGAAGGACACCUUUUUGUGAAUUACUGUAAAUAAAGAAAGAAACUGUA